AUGGACGCCUCCACGGACGCCACCACCACCACCACCACCGCCAUCGGCUUCUCUCCCCAAUCGCAACCCCACCAUAACAACACCUUCUCUCCUCUUCCUCCUCCCCCAACCUUGGCCGCCGCUCCGCCGCUCCUCCACUGGUCCACGACCAACACCACCUCCAAUGGCGGCGUCUUCUCUUCCGGGGGUCUCAACCUUCCCCUCCCUUCCCCGGACUUUACCCCCUACCUUCCCCCCACCGCCACCCCCAAGAAGCCGAGACCCCCUCGACGGAAACCGGAUGCCGCCGCCUCCACCUCCGCCGCCACCGCCAAGACCACUCCACCCUGCACCGAGUGCGGCAAGCGCUUCUCCUCGUGGAAGGCUCUCUUCGGCCACAUGCGCUGCCACCCCGAGCGCCAGUGGCGUGGCAUCAACCCACCACCCCAUUUCCGACGCCUGUCAUCUCCCGGGGCGGCCCAAUUCUCCGACGAGGAGUACCAAGUCGCCACCAGCCUCAUCAUGCUAGCCAACGGCCCCCCGAGGGAUGAGCAUGGCAUCGAUGCGACCGUCGGUAGCAAGGUGGUGUCUGGGUGGCCGCAGCGCAGAGCGAGGCAGAUGAAUCCAAGGAGCGAAGGAGAGGAAGGAGUGGUCCAGAAAGAAUGGAUGGACAGUGAGGCAUUAGGAUCUGCUCGCAAUUGUAAUCUCUGCUAUAAGGGUUUCUCUAGUGGGCAGGCUCUCGGGGGGCACAAGAGGUGCCACUGGGAGAGGGGAGAGGACCAAGAGGGGAGUUCUUCUUCAUCGGCCAAGAACUAUGUUUUGGACCUCAACUUGCCACCACCAACGGAGAGCGGUGAGAGUAGUCCAAGACCUGUUGUGGAUUUAAGGCUGGGGAUUUGAGGGGAUUAGAUUGUGGCAAUGCAAUACUUAGGUAUAUGUUAUACUUUUCU